AUGAGAGCACUAAUCCUUAAAAACUGGAGCGUAGUACUGCCGAGCCGCUGGAGUGGCGGCCAUUGUCUCGUGGACGAGGCCAUUGUCACACGGGGGAGGGCAGUCUCGAGGGCCAUCAGCGAGCGGGUACGUUACACUCCACUUGUGAGCACAGACAUGCGGGCAGGCGGGCGUGGGUGCGAGGAAGGCUCAGAGCGGCAGGGGGCAGCAGCGCCGGCGACGGGGCCUGCGGGCAAGAGGAAGCGCCGGCACCGCACCAUCUUCACGGAGGACCAGCUGGAGGAGCUCGAGCAGACCUUCCAGAGAACGCAUUACCCAGACGUCCUUCUGAGGGAGCAGCUCGCCCUCAAGGUCGAUCUCAUGGAGGAGAGGGUCGAGGUAUGGUUCAAGAACCGCCGAGCCAAAUGGCGGAAGCAAAGUAUAGAGGUGAAAGUCGUCGUGGUCGACCAAGAAAGCGUGGCCGAGAACUCGCACCUCCCAAGCGCCGACGAGGUUAUAUCGGGUCUUCCUCAACACUGCGAAAAUCGGGUCGAUCUCAAGCAUCGGCCGAUUUCGUCAGACGCAAACAACCCAAAAGUCGAUUCGGAUCCAGAUCAGAACCAUCAGGAAAGUCAGAGGUUUAGGCGGUAUUCCGGCCCGAAUGUCAGCGUUGAUGAGUACCUUGAGAACGCCGUGAAGUCCUAUUGCGAAAACGGGAGCCGCUUUCCGCCGCAGACUGAGAAGUUCUGUGGCAGCGCAAGACUUACUCUGCGUCAGGCCGUUGACUGCCGCGUCACCCGAGGCAGCGAUGACGUAUAA